AUGAGCAGCGAGAGAGUGCCGUCUCUGCCAUUGCCAAACUCGCAUCAGGCAUACUCGUCGGGUACCUCGUCACCCCGGGUCAGCUCUAUUGGGUCCGCCUCAAGCUCGCACGCCUCGCAGUCGUCCUUCACCUCGGCCGCAUCCUCCAACGGCCCCAAGACCCCCUCUCCUACUCUGCCCAUCACCGCUACCAUUCCUGGUUCCUCAAGCCAGCAGGUCGGUGCAUACGAUAGCUACCCCGCCAUGAAUCAACCCGCUGCCGACAUGUAUUACUCGCAACACAUGUCCGCUGGACAGGCGCCGCCGCCCCAGACCGUCACCUCUGGCGCCAUGUCUUACCACUCACAGCACCCGCCGUUACAACCGACUCAUAUGCCCCAGUACGCCCCGCAACCCCAGUACUCCCAGUAUGGCUACGCCAAUGGUUUGACCUCGCCCCAGAGUGCGCAACCUGCUAGCCAGAUGGGCCAAAACGUCCUUCCUUUGCCCGGUGUAGCAACCCAAGGCUUCCAAGGCUUUGACACCACCGGACAGGUUGCUCCCCCAGGAAUGAAGCCCAGAGUGACAGCUACGCUGUGGGAAGACGAGGGCAGUCUGUGUUUUCAGGUCGAGGCCCGCGGUAUCUGUGUCGCGCGCCGUGAGGACAAUCACAUGAUCAAUGGCACCAAGCUUCUCAACGUUGCUGGUAUGACCCGCGGCCGCAGAGAUGGCAUUCUCAAGAGCGAAAAAGUGAGACAUGUUGUCAAGAUUGGCCCCAUGCAUUUGAAGGGUGUCUGGAUUCCAUUUGAGAGGGCACUCGACUUCGCCAACAAGGAGAAGAUUACGGAGCUCCUGUACCCGCUGUUUGUUCACAACAUUGGUGCUUUGCUGUACCACCCCACAAAUCAGACCCGCACCAACCAGGUCAUGGCUGCUGCUGAACGUCGCAAGCAAGAACAGAACCAAAUGCGCGGUGCUCCUCAGACCGGUGCCCCUGGGCUACCCUCCAUUCAGCAACAUCAUCACCACAUGAGCUUGCCUGGCCCCCAGCAGUCGCUGCCGUCCCACGCUCAAAUGGGACGUCCCUCGCUUGAUCGCGCGCACACCUUCCCCACGCCGCCGACUAGCGCCUCCAGCGUCAUGGGCGGGAACAUGAACGCUUCGGACAGCGGAUUCCAGUGGGCACAGGGUCAAGGAAUGGGCAGCGCUCAAGGCGCCAACCCGAUGUCCAUCGAUACCGGCUUGAGCAACGCCCGUUCAAUGCCCGCAACACCGGCCUCCACACCCCCGGGAACGACUAUUCAGAACAUGCAAUCGUAUCAGUCCGGCGCGCAACAGUACGACAACUCGAGACCGAUGUAUAACCCUUCCGCCCAACAGUCGCCGUACCAAGCUACCAAUCCUUCUUCUCAAGACCGCCCCGUCUACGGCCAGCCCGACCCGUACGCUAAGAACGACAUGGGACCUCCGACAACACGCCCCGCAACUUCUGGCGCUCCUCAGGACCAGAAACCCGCCAACGGAAUUAUCCACGCUGAUCAAUCCGGUGGUCAACCUGCCGGGGAUGAGGAAGCUGAGCAUGACCAUGAUGCCGAAUACACCCACGACAGUGGCGCGUAUGACGCCAGCCGUGCUUCCUACAACUACUCUGCUCCUGCCGUCGGAAACCUACCCGCUGAACAUCAGCACCUCUCCCCUGAGAUGACCGGCUCGCCGAGCCACCCGCCUGCGUCUGGUCGCGCAACUCCCCGCACAGCUGCUGCUCCUCAACCAUACUACUCCCAGCAAGCUGGUUACAACACUCCUCCGCGUGUACCCCAACAACCCUCAAGCAACCUGUAUAAUGUAAUGAGCAACGACCGUGGAACUGCUGCUGGAGCCGGAACCGGCGAUGUUUACCAGCCUCAAGCCGAUAUGGGAUCCAUGUCAAACGGAUACGCGUCCCAGAUGAACGGUGCUGGCGGCAUCAAGCGCGGGCGCGACGAAGACGACGACCUGCAGCGCCCAUCAAGCGGCGGCGGCAUGGACCUCAAGCGUCGCAAAACCCUCUUGGACUCACAAGUCCCGGCCAUGGCGUACGCCCCGCCUGUGAUGGCCCAGCAGCCGCGACGAAGGUAA